CUAAGUGAUAAGAGUUUAUAAUAAAAAGCGAUCAGCGGUUUAGAAAAAACAAAACAUUUCAACGAGGAAAUUAUUAGUUCGUAAAACAGAGCGAGAACCAACACGUCCUAAUCUAACAAUUCACUGAUUUAUUGUGAUAAUAAUAAAAACAUGUUUCACAGUAAAAUAAACAAAAAGCGACAGGCUCAAAUGAUAUCCCUCAUGCAAACUCUAAAUGACUGCUCAGAAGAAGAUAGACCACAAAAAGUGCAUUCCAUCAAAAUAUUGACCGCUCAAGAAUUUUUCGACACCAAGAAAUACGCACAGGCGAUAAAUAUAUUUAAACAACUUAACAUCGAGCCUACUGACGUAAUAAAAUUGAUACCGGAACUGGAUAAUAAACCUGGGAAAUGUGGGAAAAUAAAAGGAGAAGACUUGAGGAAUGCAGUAAGAGCUUUGGUUGAGUAUUUGAAGUGGAAAAAGAAAAGUGUGGGAGAAGCGAAUGGUCAAGAUGGACAGAGUGUUCUGGAACUUAUUGAUACAACGCUGCUGAAAUGUUAUGUGCAGUUGAACGACACCAAAGCUCUGAUAGACUUACUUCGCGAAAACAACUACCAGUUAGAAGAAGCAGAGAACAUUCUAACACUUCACGAAAGAUUCUCUGAAUUGGUAAUUUUGUACCAAACGCACGGGCAUCAUUGGAAGGCUCUGCAACUAUUGAAAGAACAGGCUAAGCACUCAGACUUGAGUCAAAUGCGGCAUCGCAUGACGAUUCACUAUUUACAAAAAAUGGGAACAGAAAACUUAGAUAUCAUCUUCGAGUUUUCUGAUAGCAUACUGAAAGAACAGCCUGAAGAGGCCCUGAAAAUAUUCACCGAAGACAAAAUUGAAGUGAAAAACCUUCCCAGAGAAAAUAUUCUAAAUUUUAUAAAAAAUAACCACAAGUCGCUAGUUGUGCCUUAUUUGGAACAUAUUAUUCAUACGUGGAAUGAGAAUAGUGCUUUAUUUCAUAAUGAAUUAAUUAUUCAAUAUACGGAACGCAUAAUGGACAAAGAUGCUGACAGCCAAGAUCUGUCCCAUACGAAGUCGAAACUGCUGUCGUUUCUACAAACAUCUACGCAUUACACUCCGGAGUCUGUAAUAGCGCAUUUUCCGACCGAUAGUCUGUUUGAAGAGAGGGCCGCCAUUUUGGAAAAGUUGGGACGUCAUGAACAGGCGCUAGCUAUUUACAUACACAUUUUAGGUGACAUCAACUGCGCCAUCCAAUACUGCGAAAAGACCCACAACAUCCAUGACGAAGACACCCGAGACAUAUACAUCGUGCUUUUACAAUUCCUUGUGAACCCGCAACAGGGCCCAGUUGGGGCCAUGGCCAAACUACCGAGACAUCCGAGGACCGAGAAACCGGAUUUGGAGGCGGUAUUUAGUAUAUUAGAGAAGCAUGCUGAUAAAAUUUGUCCUGUUAAGGCUUUAUCUGUGCUGCCGGACUCUUUGCCACUCUCGAGACUAAACUACUAUUUGCAAUACGCAAUGGACAACCAACUAGCGAUAAAACGCAGCACACAAGUUUUGAAGGGGUUGCUGUAUGCAGAACAAUUGCAGAUAGAAGAUUUGAAAGAAUACUACGAAUCGAAGAGUAUCCUCGUCUCGGAGUUCAACGUGUGUCGAGUCUGCAAGAAGAAGUUUCGGAACCAGAAUGCUCUCAUGCUUUACCCAAACGGUACCGUCGUACACUACUCGUGUGGUUUAACCAAAUAAUGGGGCAGUGAGAAGGCCGUGAUGGAGAAGGAGAUAAAGUAAUGUCUAUUUUCUUAUUUGUUGUUCAGUCGGUUUCAGAUCGUUUUUCAAUAGAAAAGAAAGUGAUUUAUUACUAAUAAUGGUUUUAAUUUCCAAUGGUAGAAAAGCCCUAGAAUUAUGCGGAUCGCUAACGGUACCGUCGUACACUACUCGUGUGGUUUAACCAAAUAAUGGGCAGUGAGAAGGCCGUGAUGGGGAAGGAAAUAAUUAAGUAGUCUAUGAUUUUUUUUUGUAAAUCGGCUCCAGAUCAGUUUGAAAAUACAUAGUAAAACAGAUUAUUACUAAUAAUGGUUUUAAUCUGUAGUUGUAGUAGAGCCCUAGAAAUCAUAUCUUACGAUAAUGGAACCGUCGAACACUACUCGUAUAGUCUAAGCAAGUGAUAUGGCAUUGAGAAGGGCGUGGUGGGGAAGUAGAGGUAAUUACGUUGUUUGUUUGUGCU